CUACAGCUGUUAGCAUAAGUUCCAGUUAAAAAGCAGAUGACCACGUGGCAAAGUCCAGUGACAUUCGCUGUUGUUGUGUUUGCUCAUCAUUCGUCAAAGCCUUUAAUGAUAUGGCAUGGGAGAAGCGGACAAAAAGAAAAUAUAUAUGCGUGUUUCUGUCUAUAUACUUUCGCGGUGUGUGCGGUUGCGUAGCUUAAGCAGGGGCAGUCAGGGUUAUGUUAAAAAGGGGGGAACAGAGCGGUUGGGUCAUAUGGUUGGGGGGGGGCUUUUCUGCCUUUUCGCUCUGUCUCGAUCGAAAGCCAGAAGGCAAUAAGUACAGGACAGGUCUGGAAAACAUUUUUUAAGAAAUAAGCAACAUUGGAUUGCAAUCAGGAGUUUGGAGAAGAAGCAUAGUAAAGAAAACCCAUUUCCCCACUUUUAUGGAAUUAGAUCUGGUAAUUUGCAACAUCUUGUGUUUAAAUCUCCAGGACCUUUGAUUUCAGUCUGAGAUCUGCCCAUGGAGAAAUACAUGCACCGAACUCCGCCUCGGCCGCGACACCAGCAAAAGGAAUUGUCAGAUUGUAGAAUACGAAAACCCUUUGUAGAAGACGGAAGGCAAAGAAGCAUACCGAUCAAGAAGAUGAGGCUCCACAAAGACACACGGCAUCUUAUCUAUAAUGACAGUUCAAUCUCCACCUUUUCCCAGGAGAACAGAUCUGCCAGGACAAGCCGAUCACCAUCGCCAGGGUUCGAUCCGCUUGCUGUCGCCUCCAAUGCACACAAAAUAUCCCUGUCCAGUUCGCCGCCCUCGCGAGCCAAAUGGGUUAACAGGCGGCUGGCCUGUUUUAUGGCGAGGGAAUACCUCUCACGCGGGACACUGCUGGGGAAACCAUGGCCGCCGCAGGAUUCGAAUAUGACACCUCCGGAAAACGCUACAGCACAGCCGAAGAAGAAUCUUCAAGGAGACAAAGCUGCCAGAGAAAGGGAAGCGCUCUACUAUACUGUCACCACAGAUUUCCUACGCUCAGAUGAUAGUCACAUUCCCUGUUAUCUGGUGAGACACAAAAUUUUCUGUAUAAGAAGGUUUCGACUCUCACGCACCUGACAGAUUCAGAAUGUAUGAAUACGUUUUAUGGCUAGACUAAUACCUGCAGAGUGUUUGGAGUCUGCAGAUUGAAAGUAAUAUACUGAUUAAGUGUAAAAGAUGUUUUUUCUUUCUUUUACGUUACGGAAGGCAAUUCGUAGGUGUCUUUUUAUUUCCGGCAGGAUACAGAUUCGAAUCCGGAAAGCUGUUGUUAUAAAGCUUCCCUUGCUACGAACCCCUCAGCCAGGAAACAGUCGGCGUGGUCGACUGGUUGAGUUAAUUUUCGCUUUGUUGUUUUGUUCGUCAUAUGACGGGAUUUUGAAGUUAAUUUAAGGCAGUAAUUGUGUUUUAAAAACUAGUGGACCCACCUUUAUAUGCGUUGUACUUACUCUUUUAUGUUUUUAUAAUCUCUAAUAGCCAUUGUUAUUA